CCGCCGCCGCCGCUCCCGGAGCCCCGCGAUGCUCCGCCACCGGCUGCCCCUGCUCGGGCCCGGGCUGCUGCUGCUGCAGACGGUGUGUGCUGGCGGUCACGUCGCCAAGACCUUGGGGUACCUGGAGAUGGGCACCUCGGGGCUCCUCAAGGAUGUCCCCUACGGCACCCUGAAGCCCCCGGUGCUGAACCCCGGGCGGCUGAUCCCGGCGGAGCCGCCCCGGGCCGCGGGGACCCCGCUGGGCACCGGCCGGAGCCCCUGGGACUGGCAGAAGAACCAGACGGCCGGGGAGCUGCUGAACCCCCGCGCCCACCGCAAGCCCACCCUCAAAUCGAGCCGCACCAAGAAGAUUUUUGGUUGGGGCGACUUCUACUUCAACAUCAAGACGCUCAAGUUCAGCCUCCUGGUGACGGGGAAAAUCGUCGACCACAUCAACGGCACCUUCAGCGUUUAUUUCCGACACAACUCCUCCAGCUUGGGCAACGUCUCGGUCAGCAUCGUGCCCCCCUCCAAGGCGGUGGGUUUCGAGGUGCUGGUGCCCGGCCCCCCCGCCCUGCCGCGACCACCGCCCCCUCCCCAGCAGAGCACCCUGCCCGAGGGGCGCCCGGCUAAGGCGCUCAAUUGCCACGUGGAGUACGAGAAGACGAACCGGGCGCGGAAGAACAAGCCGUGCCUGUACGACCCGUCCAAGGUGUGCUUCACGGAGCACACGCAGAGCCACGCCGCCUGGCUGUGCGCCAAGCCCUUCAAGGUCAUCUGCAUCUUCAUCUCCUUCCUCAGCAUCGACUACAAGCUGGUGCAGAAGGUCUGUCCCGACUACAACUUCCAGCACGACAAUCCCUACUUCGGCUGACGGCGCCGCAGCGCGGUGGAGGGUGGGGGGCUGUCACCCCAACACCGGCCCCCUGUUGUCUCUGUGCUGGGCUGUGGGACAGCCGGUGCUGGGGGUCCUGGACCCCACCCAACGCCAUCCCAUCGCAGGGAUUCAGUUGGCUCUGGGGGUUGAAGGUUCCCCCCCAAAGUGACAUCCCAUCCCUGCGCCACAGUGGGGUACGGCCAGUUCUGGGGGUCCCACCCAUCCCAUCACUGAGGACCCCAUCUGGGGUAGAGCCGGUGCUGGGGGUCCCAGUUCCCGCCCCCCAGUGACAUCCCAUCACUGCAGCAUUGGGGUAGAGCUGGUGCUGGGGGUCCUGGACCCCCCCACACUGACAACCAUCACUGGGGUACACCUGUUCCUGGACCCCCACCCACUGAGACCCCACCACUGGGGUGCACCUGUUCCUGGGGGUCCCAGCCCCCUCCCCCUCUGACACCCCAUCACCGCAGCACUGCCUGAGCUGGGAAUCCUGGACCCCCGCCCAUUGACCCCCCCCACCCACUGAAACUCCAUCACGCCCCACCUCGGGUACAACUGGUGCUGGGGGCCCCGGCCCCCCCACCCACUGAGACCCCCCAGUGCAGCUGGGGGGUGCAGACAGGGAGCCCCCCCCGUCCUGGGGCUGGGCUGGGGUCUCUGGCAGUGUGGGGGGCACAGCCCCGUGUGAUGUCACCUCUGGGGUGUCACAGGCGGCACUGGGGCCGGUCAGGGUGCUGGAGGGGGGGGCUCAGCCCCCACCCCAAACACUGGGGGGGGGUUUGGUGUCUCUGCAGCCCCCCGGCCGUGCACACACGUGUGACACACCUGUACCAUGCGUGUGCAGGGGCCCCACCCCGGUAUUCUGCAGCCCCCCCUCCGGUGCCCCAUGGACCCCCCCACCGCAGUGGGGGGACCCCCAGGUGUGCAGCCCCCCAGGUGUGCAGCCCCCCAGGUGUGCAGCCCCCCCUCCACCCAACCCCCUGAAGUGCCAGGUGGUGGUUUUGGGGUGCGAUGGGGGCGGGGGGGGUUCCCGCGGGGCUGCCCCCUCCUCUCGGGAAGCGGCUUCUUCAUCUUUUUUUUUUAAAAGAAAAUUUAAAAUGGAAAAAAAAAAAAAAAAAAAAAAAAAAAAAAAAAAGUGGAAAAUAAAGAAAAGCCUGGAGAAAAAAAAAAAAAAAAAAAAAAAAAAAAGGAGUGUGUUGAUUUCGCCCCGAGAUGGAGGGAGAGUGAGGAGGAGGAACCCCCGGGAUUAGGGAUGGGGGGUGCAGGGGGUGAGGUACCCCAAAAUUAGGUAUGGGGGGAUGUAAGGAUGGGAACCCCAGGAUUACGAAUUGGGGGUGCAGGGGUGAAGCACCCAAAAAUUAGA